AUGGUAUUUGUGGAAGACAAUGGAGUAGCAUACAUCAGUCAUGCGAAGAAAAGUAAUGCUAAAGGAAGUGAUCUCCAUCGUGAAAUUAAGUUUGUUACCAACUUGGAGUUGGCCCGUGCCACGAAAUGCGACAAAAUUGAAAAUGUUUUGUGUGAAACUGCAUCAUUGUUUGGGCAUAAUUGCAGCAAUAGGUCUGCAGAUACCAUUAGUAAUGUUACUUUCGAAAUGCUACAUUUUUGCGACUUGAUGAAAUUACAUGAAGAAAUUGUGAUUCAACGAUACAUUGAUAAAUGUAUUAUAUUUUAUGGUGCAUCUAUAUUUAUUUUCUACUGGCUUACGUUCACAGCUAUAUUAGUGGUACCACCUUUAGCGCAUCAGCCAUUUCCAACAGCAGCUGAAUAUCCAUUUGAUGUAUCUUAUCAACCGCUAAAAGCAAUAAUUUUCAUACACCAAUCUAUCGCCGGAAUAAUGGUAGCAGCACAACUGUGUACAAAUGUUUAUAUGGCAAUGUUGCUGUGGUUUACAUCAGCAAGAUUUGAGAUGCUAACUGACGAACUAAAAAAGACUACAAAUCUCUAUCAAUUAUUCGAAUGUAUUAAAAAACAUCAAGAAUUACUCAAGUACGCAAGUGAAGUUACAAUUUGUGCUCGUCCUUUCGCGUUUUCAACUAUAUUGUGUAGCGCGAUUGGCAUAAUAGUAAUCUUUCUUUUGUUCAUUAGUAGCAAAUAUGUCGCAGAAACAGCGUUUUAUAUGCUCGAAAACAGUAAUUUAAUUGAAAUAUGGAAAUGUCUUCAAAUUAUUAUAAUAAGAGGUCAAAAACCAGUAACAAUUUCAAUUCCUUGCAUUCUGCCUAUAUUAUCCCUUAAUUAUUUUACAGCGUUGAUAACUUUCGAAAUGGAAAAUUUCUGUCAAUUACUUAAGCCUCACGAAGAAGCAAUUGUUCAGCAAUAUAUUGACAAAUGCGUUUACUUUUACGGUGGCUCUAUGUUUUGGAUUUAUUUAAGUGCUGUUGUCGUCAUCACUGGACCUGUCACGCUAGAUCAACCAUUUCCAACAAACGCCGAGUAUCCGUUCGUCAUUUACCGGCAACCGUUAAAAAGUAUUAUCUUCGUACAUCAAUCUAUUGUAUGUAUUCAAGCUGCUGCUCAGUUAUGUAUGAAUAUCUUCAUGGCUCUACUGCUUUGGACUACCUCAGCGAGAUUUGAAUUAUUAGUCAAAGAGUUACGAACAGUCACCAAUGUUCACGACUUAAUUCAAUGCAUUCGACAACAUCAAAGAUUGCUACAAUAUGCUCAAGAAGUGGUUGGCAUAGUUCGCCCUUUUGCAUUGACAACUAUAAGUCUCAGUACUUUCGCAUUAAUAAUAAUCGGUCUAAUUUUCAUUACUGGCCAACCGAUAUCAAUAAAAAUUCAAUGCGUUGGUCUUACUUUUAGUGGAUUAUCAGAAGUAUUUAUGUAUACAUGGCCAGCGGAACAUUUGAUUCACAUAAGCGGUGAAAUAAUGCGACAAGCUGCUUUUGAUAUGCAGUGGUACAAGCAACCAGUCGCUUUACGAAAGUAUCUACAAAUGAUUAUGCUCAGGGUUCAGAAUCCAAUAAUUGUCGCAAUACCAUGCGUUAUGCCUGCAUUAUCUUUAAAUUACUAUGCAUCGUAUUUAUCGACUAUAUUUUCGUACUUCACGACACUACGAAUAAUUAUGCAAAAUGGACAAAACGAAGAAUAA